GGAUGCAGCGAUCAUCUCGAGCCUUCCUACUGCUGGCCGCCUGCGCCUGCAUAUGGUGGCAGGCCGCCUUCAUGGCACCUGCGGAGCCUCCGGCAACCGGACGCCGAGCACUUCUUGCGGCUGGCUCGAUGGGCCUCCUGUCCGCCAUGGGUACGCAGCCCGCCUCCGCCGCAGACUUCUUCGGACUUCCGCAUAUGCCGGGCCCCUUCGAGAUGGACCCAAAGGAGGCAGUCGUCAUAGGUGAUGCUGGGGAGGCAUCUGUCAAAGAAGCCCGAGCCAAGGUCGUCGAGCUUCAAAACAAGGCAGAGAGCGCUUUGGAAAAGAUCACGAACGACCCCCAGGCAGACCUGACCUUCUUGGUCGAGGACUUCGGAAUUGGUGACCUCCGCGAUGCCACCAACAUCAUCAACGACAUCAUGGAUGACAAGACCGCCGCCGCCACACAGCGAUGGCAGCGAUUGAUGAUCCAGGCCAAGUACCAGUGGGAGGACGACGUUCCUUUCCCAACAACCAAGCGAGGUGUCCAGAAGCCCCGCGGAGAGAAGCGCAACGAGCGUAUCAUCAAUUCCUUGAAGAACUACAUCUCUGGCUCCAAGGAGCUGCUGCAGUUCUUCUGA